CACUGGGCUAGUCCAUUCUACAUCCGGGCAAGUCUCGCUCCCAAAUCUCAACUGCGUUUUACGUUUAGUCACCCCUUUCCGAUCGUCGCCUCCUACGACUUUUUAGCGUGCGCGUUCACGGCGGUGCAUCCACCCGUUAGGAACGUUAAAAAAAUUUCGUACAGGGGAAAUUCCUUACCUUUACUACAAGGUUUUAAAGGAUUGCUGUAUGUCUGCCGGUAUUCAGAACCUCAAAACUUUUGACCCCUUCGCGGAUGCCAUCAGGGGUGAUGAGCAAGGUGUCCAGGACGGUCUAAUCCACGUUCGUAUCCAGCAGCGCAACGGUCGUAAGACCCUCACGACUGUGCAGGGCAUAUCAGAUGACUAUGACAAGAAGAAAAUCGUGAGGGCCUGCAAAAAGGAGUUUGCCUGCAAUGGCACUGUGGUGGAGCAUCCAGAGUAUGGCGAAGUCAUGCAGCUGCAAGGAGACCAGCGCAACAACAUCUGCCAGUUCCUGACCCGCAUCGGCAUCGCCAAGCCCGAGCAGCUCAAGGUGCACGGCUUCUGAGCAGCACAUCAUGUACCUUCUGCUUGUGGACCACUUCCACCAACAAAAAUCGGCACCAGAUUGACGCCCAGGCCUUUCCGGGAGGAUGUGACUGGGAGAUUUUUUUGCUUGUCUGUUCUUUCUGUCCUGAAUAAAAUUGUACAAAAUGGG